AUGCAUGAUCUUAUUCAUGACUUGGCAAUAUCAGUCUCCACCCCCCUAUGUUUCCAAGUGAAGGAUAAGAAACAAAGUCGUGUGCCUAAAGAAUCUCGUCAUGUAUCUGUCUUUUGUAAAGACGUCGAGCAGCCUGCUUUGGAGAUAAUUAAAAGAUUGAAGAAUCUACGUACGCUUCUAUUUCCAGUUGAACACCUGAAAACUUUCAAUCAGGUCCCUGGCAAAAUAUCGAGUUCACUGAGAUAUUUGCGAGUUCUUGACCUCAGUUCAAGCACAAUUCUGGCAUUGCCAAAAUCAAUUGAAAAUUUGAAGGAGUUGCGCUACCUUGAUCUUUCAAAAACUGAUAUCAGAGAGCUUCCAGAAUCGAUAUGCAAACUCAUCAAUUUGCAGACACUGAAACUCUUAGGUUGCCCUUGGCUUUUCCAAUUGCCCAGCAAGCUUGGAGCUCUAGUUAACCUGAGGCAUCUGGAGCUGGACGAAAUGUUCUGGAACAAGAUCUCCAUAUUUCCACCAAAAAUGGGGCAAUUGACCAGUCUGCACAAUUUGCACACCUUUGAGGUUGGCCGCAAUCCUGGACACAGAAUCGAGGAACUGAAGAAUAUGGUGUAUCUUACAGGAACACUGCGCAUCACAAAGCUCGAGAAUGCAGUGAAUCCAAGAGAGGCUAACUUGAAAGACAAAAAAAUGGUUCAGAAGCUGGAAUAUGUGUGGAGCAAUGGAUCAAAUGUAGAUGAAGCGGGGGACAGAGACGCACUUCUUGAAGACCUGCAACCUCACUUAAAUGUCGAAAAGCUCGUAAUUUGUCACUAUAGGGGCAAUGAAUUUCCAACUUGGAUGAGAAAUGGGCUACUUAGUAACUUGGUUUCCAUUUCCUUGAGUCAUUGCGCAAGAACGAAAAUCCUUUCUCUCGACAAGCUACCCAAACUUGCAAAACUCCACCUUAAGAAUAUGCAGGAGUUGGAGGAAUCGUCCGAGGAGCGUUAUCCAUCCCUCAAAAGGCUUAAAAUCAUUGGCUGUCCCAAGCUCAGAAAGUUGCCCUGCUUCUUCCCUAAGCUAGACGUUCUAAAGAUAAGAUGUGAAUCAUUGGAUGCUAUUCCAUUAGCCCAACUGGAAGUUAUUACACUUGUGGACAAUCCUGUUCUACAUCAAUGGCCUGAAGAAGAUAUACCAAUCAGAAUUCAAUAUGAAGGUGACGAAGAAGUCAGCAGCACACUGGCCUCUUCAACCUUUUGCCGCUACGUUAAAAUUUUCAAUUGCCCUGAGUUGUGCAAGCUGCCAAUGGAACUCUAUCCACAGAGAUUGGAGAUAAGUGGGUGCAGGUCAUUGACUGACCUCCCAGAUGAACAGCAUGCAGUACGGCUUGAGCAUAUAGCAUUGGAUGGAUGCCAUGACGAAACAUUGUUGGGAAUGAUACCCAGCACCAGCAGUUUAUUCUCCUUGGUCAUUUCAAACAUCUCAAACAUGAACUCUACCCAAAUGGCCCAGUCUUCCAGGCCUCAAGGCACUCUACAUCCGUGACUGCGAGGAUCUGGAAUGUCUGUCCAAUCAAGAAAACACCUUGUCCCAGAGUUUCACCUCUCUCGAACUAUUGUCCCUUCGGAAUUGUCCCAAGCUUGAAACAUUGCCUGCUGAAGGGCUCCCCGGAACUCUUGGAUAUUUGAGUAUCGCCUUGUGUGCAAGGCUCAAGUCAUUUGGCCCAAAGGACGCACUUAAGAAUUUGACAUCUCUCCAUGAUCUUUACGUUGAGGACUGCCCUGAGCUCCAGGCCUUCCCAGAGGACGGUCUUUCACCCUCACACCUUCAUUUGUGUAUUCAAGGAUGCCCACUACUUACAGAGCAGUGUCGAAAAGAUGGAGACCCGAUACUGAAGAACAUCCCUGAUCGGGAAUUGGCACCCACCGAAAUUCCGAACUCAUCAUCAUCUUCGUGGCAGGGGUGGGGGUGGG